UCUGUCAUUCCUUUUCUUUCUCGAUCGGCAAAGAAAAGAAGAUUGUUCAUGAACACCAUUCUGCAGGAGAGGAAUGUCUUUCUUUAGUUUAAAUUACCAAGAACUUUCUCUUCGUUCACAAUCAUUUAUUUUCCUCAGAAGAAAAGGAGAUUCUUUUCCCACAUUUUUUCAAUUAAUUUGUCUACCGGAAUUCGCAUGAGAGAAGAAUAGAAACCCACAACUUCGAGAAAUUUUGUCUCCAAGAGGGUUUCGAUCAACAGAUUCUUGGGCGAUGGAAGUGGGUACGAUAAAGUUUACGUGGAAAAUAAAGAAUUUCUCGAAGCUUGAUAGGCAUUGGCACGAUUCGGAGGUCUUCUCCCUUAGAGAUUACAAAUGGCAGAUAUGGUUGUGCGCUAACUAUAAGGAUAAGUUGGUAAUGUGUCUGGAAGUUCCAGAUGAUGCGCGGACUUUGCCCUCUGGUUGGUGUCAAAAUGCAAGAUGGUCCUUGACUGUCGUCAGCCAAAUUGAUAAGAAAUUAUCAAUUACAACAGCUUCAGAGGGUAAAUUUAAUGCAGAACGUGAUUAUGAGUGCUUCUUAUUCAUCCCUCACAAGGAAUUGCGUGAUCCAGGAAAGGGUUAUUUGGUGGAAGACACAUGCAUAAUUGAGGCUGAUGUUACAGUAUUCGAGGAUGUAGCUUUUGAAUCACAAGGCUUAAGCAAAGAUACCAGUAACGUAGCUAAAGAAGACCCAAGUCAAGAAAAAAUGAAUGCAUUCUUAGCAAAAAUUUCUAGUAGUAAAAAUAUUUGGUCAAAAGAAGAAGUAGAAGAAGCUCUGACACUGAUAGAGAACACCUAUCCAGCUAACUUAAAUGAUCCAGGGAGAAUUUCUAAAAUAAGAAAUGCAUUUGAUGUUUUAUCUUCUGUUGAUGAUUACUAUAUUACAGUUGAACAAAAAGCAGAAUUACCAACCAUGAAGGAAAAAUUUAAUGACUUGCCUGACAGAGCAGCCACAGCAACAAAGGACAAGAAUAUGUGCACAAACAAGGAAUUUGUUAAGAUGACACUUGGCCGCAAACUGGAUAGGUGUCUAAUUGAGUUUAAAAAGGCUAAGGAAGAGACCGAGCAGCAGGAACGGAGCAUUGUCAACCUUCAGUUGCAAGCUAAGGUCCUUCUUGCCCAAAUUGAGGAGGCUCAGAAGAAGGAGGACAAUUUCUCAUCCAAGCAGAAAGAAAUGACUAAACUUUCCAAUGACCUGAAAGCUGAACUUGAUGUGUUAGAAAAACAGUGGCCUGAGUAUGAAGCAAAGAUGAAAGCUGCUGAAGAGGAGGAGAAGAAAGUUAGUACAGAAUGGCACAAAAUGAAACAAUUCGUUUUAUCUCUAAAGACUCCUUUUUACUCAUCUGAUAUAAAGCCAUGCACCAUGUAAGAAGUGCCAUAUGAAUGUUUUUAU